AUUUUAGGUUUCGAAAACAUUUGAAGUUGGUUAUGUUUCGAUGAUAUGAAUCCAAAAAUUAUUUAAUUUAUUUAAAAAACGAAUGAAAACUUUUUAAAAUGGCUUUGAGAUUAUGGUCUCGUCAACUGGCAAAUAAUUUUCUAAUAAAAACACAAUGCACCCGUAAUAUUUCAUCCACAAAACCUGAAGAUACGAUUGUUAUAACUGAUGACGCUUCAACAAUCGUUUGUUGGCAUCCAAAACCUAGUGUUCCAUACGAAUUAACGAAACCAAUUACGUUGGAGCCAAUUAAAGACAAUAACUCAAUAUUAAAACAUAGUUGGGAUGAUGAAUUAAAACAAAUGUUUAAGAAAAAGAAUGCGGAUGCAGCUCGGCAAGAAUUAAUGGCAUUAACAUAUACAACAAAACAUCGAUGGUUUCCAAGAAGUCGUGACAGGCGGGCUAAGAAAACACUUAUGGAUCGCGAAUAUCUUUAAUUUGUUUUUUUGUUAUAAUUUGUAGUUUUUAAAAUAAAUGU